GGAGCACAACUUCCAGCAACUACCAGGGAUGCUGCCACUCAGAUGCCAACUGAAGCAAGUUCCUCCUCAAAAGCUUCACUUAGGUUCUGAGCUGUGAUGGGAAAACUGCAAAGCAAACUCAAACACAGCACUUAUAAAUACAGGCCUGAUGGGAUUAUAGAAGAGAGAAUACAAAAUAAAUCUUCUCAAGAAUACAGCCCUGCUCACGUAGAUACUGUCUCUGUGGUUGCUGCCCUGAACUCAGACCUUUGUGUCUCCGGAGGAAAAGAUAAGACAGUUGUGGCCUAUAAUUGGAAAACUGGAAAUGUGGUGAAAAGGUUCAAAGGACAUGAACGGGAAAUCACCAAGAUAACCUGUAUUCCCAAAUCCACCCAGUUUUUCAGCGCCUCCCGAGACAGGAUGGUCUUGAUGUGGGACCUGCACGGCUCCUCACAGCCCAGGCAGCAGCUGUCUGGCCAUGCCAUGGUAGUCACUGGGUUGGCUGUGAGUCCAGACUCAUCACAGCUGUGCACUGGCUCUCGGGACAACACCCUGCUUCUGUGGGAUGUGGAGACUGGACAGUGUGUGGAGAGGGCAUCUGUCUCCAGGAACCUGGUUACUCACCUGUGCUGGGUCCCCAGAGAACCGUAUAUACUACAGUCCUCUGAAGAUAAAACCAUCAGAUUAUGGGACAGUAGGGGGCUACAGGUAGCUCACGUAUUUCCCACAAAGCAGCACAUUCAGACCCACUGUGAAGCCAGCACAGAUGGGCACAAGUGCAUCUCCUGCAGCAGCGGCUUUGGGGGCGAAGGCUGUGAAGCCACGUUGUGGGACUUAAGGCAGACAAGAAACAGAAUAUGUGAGUAUAAGGGGCAUUUCCAAACAGUUGCAUCCUGUGUCUUCCUACCAAGAGCCUUGGCCUUGAUGCCUGCAAUUGCUACCUCAUCACAUGACUCCAAGGUGAAGAUUUGGAACCAAGACACUGGAGCCUGCCUUUUCACCUUGUCUCUGGAUGGAUCGGGACCUUUGACCUCCCUGGCUGUUGGUGACACCACCUCCCUGUUAUGUGCAAGCUUCCACAGAGGAAUUUACUUACUCACAAUGGACCACAGCCGAGGGCUGCAGCUGGGGGAAGUGGCAACAUUCUGAAGCCAACACACAGCGACUGGACAGUGCAAGUCACGGUCCCUCCUUUCUCUGUGUGGCUUUGUGUUUCCGCGUUAUGUUGGGGGAGGGGAAUGUAGGGCUGGUAGUUUUAGAAGGCAGAUCAGUGUUAGAGGUCAAUUUAAAUCCAGUGGUUCAAAAUUAGGUUUAGAGACAUAGGCUAACAUAAGUUCUCAAUCUAAGGUAAAUCCAAAUGCAA